GUUUAAGAUGAGACUGUAUUGACCCGUGGGGAACAGCCCCUGGAUACUGGAUAGAGAGAAUUCAGAGAAGACAAACUUGUGACCAGUAUCUGAUUCUGCAAGCAAUCUCAGGCAAAGGAAGAUGGAAGUUGGUUCAGAAAGGGAAAGAUUAUGGAGGAGCAAGAGAGAGACGAGCCCUGAGCGUGUAAAAACGUGGAGGUUGAAGGGUCCCGGUCCCGGUCCCAGUCCUCGUUGUUCAGGUAGCAGGAAGGUUCAAGUUGUUUACUACCUCUCCCGAAACGGGCUCUUAGAGCAUCCACACUUGAUGGAACUUACCCUUCUGCCCUCGCAACUACCUCUUCGCUUGAAGCACGUGUUUGAUCGCCUCAUGGCUCUCAGAGGCACUGCCAUGCCCUUGCAAUACUCAUGGUCUAGUAAAAGGAAGUAUGUACUCAAAGGAUCUCAGCUUCUUCAACCUUCCACCGAACGCCAAGGAUAUGCAUAUGAUGAUGUUGAUGACGAUGAGGAGGAGCAGGGAGAUAAAACGAGUUCCACAACCACACCCCAUUCUCGCUGCUCCAGAGGUGUAUCCACCGAAGAACUCCUUCACAUCAACACAAGUACAAUUUCGGAAGCACUUGGCGCUGCCCCUGUUCCAGGUGCUGCUACUCUGGCUGAAAAGCUGAACCACCAAGGUAAUGAGCGGAGAGUGUUAGAAGAUGAAGGAGCAACACCGAGUCGUCACUCGGUUCUGCUGCAGCUGAUAGCGUGCGGUAGCUCCGCUUUGGAGAGCAAUGUGGGGACCACCAAGAAAAGGGAGACUGUGGGGAAGUUGCAAUGUGAAGAUAAGGAAUACUUCAGUGGCAGCCUCCUCGAAUCCAUGAAAGCCCAAGCCCAAGCCCAAGCCCCAUCCCCAUUGGAGCCACAACUCACCAGAUCUAAUUCCUACGACGAACAAAGACGAAGCAGCAGGCUGAGAAUGGAAGAAAACGAGGGAGGAGAAGGAGGGGGACUCAUCCACAAAUGCAUUCCUCGCAAGAAAUCAUCUUCCAAGUGACGCCAUCUCAAUCUCUAUAAUUAUUAAUUAUAAUAUACUAUCAUUUCGGUAGCUGCCUCUCAUCUGUUAUUAAUCUUAUAUGAUUGUUGCAUGUUCUUCACCAUAUCUGGCAACACCAACAUUCAAGUUAAGCUUCGCACCAAACUAUAUGUGAUAACUCAUCACAGACUUUGACGAUGUUUCAUGUAAUCUGGAAUUUCUGAUACAUUCCAUUAUUUUACAAUAUAAAUA